AUGUCGGCGGCGCCCGGCCUCCUGCACCAGGAGCUGUCCUGCCCGCUCUGCCUGCAGCUGUUCGACGCGCCGGUGACGGCCGAGUGCGGCCACAGCUUCUGCCGCGCCUGCCUGAGCCGCGCGGCCGGCGAGCCGGCGGCGGACGGCUCGGUGCCCUGCCCGUGCUGCCGGGCGCCCACGCGGCCGCAGGCGCUCCGCACCAACCUGCAGCUGGCGCGCCUGGUGGAGGGGCUGGCGCAGGUGCCGCAGGGCCACUGCGAGGAGCACCUCGACCCGCUGAGCGUCUACUGCGAGCAGGACCGAGCGCUCGUGUGCGGCGUGUGCGCCUCGCUCGGUUCGCACCGCGGCCACCGCCUGCUGCCCGCCGCCGAAGCCCACGCGCGCCUCAAGACGCAGCUGCCCCAGCAGAAGCUGCAGCUGCAGGAGGCCUGUAUGCGCAAGGAGAAGAGUGUGGCCGUGCUCGAGCACCAGCUGCUGGAGGUGGAGGAGACGGUGCGUCAGUUCCGGGGGGCUGUCGGCGAUCAGCUGGGCAAGAUGCGGGUGUUCCUGGCGGCGCUGGAGGGCUCCUUGGAUCAGGAGGCAGAGCGUGUGCGGAGUGAGGCGGGGGUUGCCUUGAGACGAGAGCUGGACAGCCUGAACUCUUACCUGGAGCAGCUACGGCAGAUGGAGAAAGUCCUGGAGGAGGUGGCUGACAAGCCACAGACGGAGUUCCUCAUGAAAUACUGUCUGGUGACCAGCAGGCUACAGAAGAUCCUGGCAGAAUCACCACCGCCUGCCCGGCUGGAUAUCCAGUUGCCUGUCAUCUCAGAUGACUUCAAAUUCCAGGUGUGGAGGAAGAUGUUCCGGGCGCUGAUGCCAGUGACCAAGGACCUGACCUUUGACCCGAGCACGGCCCACCCGAGUCUGGUGCUGUCUCCCUCGGGCCGCCGCGUGGAGUGUUCGGAUCAGAAGGCGCCGCCGGCCGGGGAGGACCCGUGCCAGUUCGACAAGGCCGUGGCGGUGGUGGCGCGCCAGCUGCUGUCCGACGGCGAGCACUACUGGGAGGUGGAGGUGGGCGACAAGCCGCGCUGGGCCCUCGGCGUGAUCGCGGCCCAGGCCAGCCGCCGCGGCCGGCUGCACGCGCUGCCCUCGCAAGGCCUCUGGCUGAUCGGGCUGCGGGACGGCAAGAUCCUGGAGGCGCACGUCGAGGCCAAAGAGCCGCGCGCCCUGCGCGCUGCCGAGAGGCGGCCGUCGCGGGUCGGGGUCUACCUGAGCUUUGCCGACGGGGUCCUCUCCUUCUACGACGCCAGCGACGCCGACGCCCUGGAGCUGCUCUUCGCCUUCCACGAGCGCCUGCCCGGGCCCGUGUACCCCUUUUUCGACGUGUGUUGGCACGACAAGGGCAAAAACGCUCAGCCGCUGCUGCUCGUGGGGGCCGAUGGCGAGGAGGCCUGA